AUGUGCCAGUCUCGGGUUCCCGGAUCCGUGGGCGCAGAACCCUUCUCCGCCCGCCUCAGGUACACGGGAGCAGAGGACCUGGACCACCCCAACCUCAUCAAACUGACCAUCACCAUGGCUCACAUCGACGGCAUGCUCCCGGUCGUCUCCACUCGGCCUCUCUCCAACUUCGAGCUGACCCUGAGUCCGGACGGGACCCGCGUCGGGAACCACCGCUGCUCCAACCUGCUGGACCACUCCGAGGUCUCCACCCGCUACGGCUUCAUCACUGCAGACACCAGGAAGGCCGAGGUGAUGGGAGACAGCGCCCCCUACCAGUACAGCGCGGCUCUGCGGGGGGAGGCCACGCUCCGCUUCUACAGGAACCUGAACCUGGAGGCCUGUCUGUGGGAGUUCAGCAGCUACUACGACAUGUCGGAGCUGCUGAGCGACUGCGGAGGGACCAUCUCCACAGACGGACAGUGUUCAUCUCUGCUGUUGUUUUGGCUCCUCAGGUCGGGGAAGCUGAAAGUGCCGGAGUGGGUGGACACCGUGAAGCUGGCCCCGCACAAAGAGCUGGCUCCGUGUGACGACAAUUGGUUCUACACACGAGCAGCGUCCACGGCUCGCCACCUGUACCUGCGCGGGGGCGUGGGGGUCGGCGCCAUGAUCAAGAUCUACGGAGGUCGUCAUAGAAACGGCGUCUGCCCCGCCCACUUCAGCGUCGGCUCCCGAAACGUGGCGCGCAAAGUCCUGCAGGCUCUGGAGGGCCUCAAGAUGGUGGAGAAGGACCCCAACGGUGGGCGUAGACUAACGCCUCAAGGCCACAGAGACCUGGAUCGAAUUGCGACUCAGGUGGCCUCUGCAAAUAAGAAGCAGCGCAGUUUACAAAGCAGCGUCUGA